CCAAACAUUGAAAGUGGAGUAUACGGCCAAUACAAAGGCAGUUCAACCCGAGAGACCGGGCCUCUGGUCAGAAGACACUCUGAGCUCUGAGCAUCAACAAGGCUGAGUUACUACGGAAUGAGUGAAAAGACUAGGUGUCUGGCAGAACUAAAGGAUUUGGCAAGAAUUCCCCUCAGUGAUUUUUCUCGUCAGUGGUGAUUCCUAGUGGAAAACAUGCUGGGCUUGAUAGCUGAGGUUGGCCUUAUGGGCAGCGUAGUGCCGGUGAUGAUGUUUGCCGGACUGUCUUUCAUAGUCAUGGGUGUGUUUAACUCUCGGCGCCCGUCAGGAUUUCCACCCGGACCGGCGACUCUUCCGUUCGUUGGCAACAUUAAAGAUAUUACCAAAGAAGGGACACCGCUGUGGGUAUUGAUGGUGGAAAUGAGCAAGAUCUACGGCGAUGUUUUCUCCAUCAAGCUGGGUACGAAAUGGUACGUGGUGUUAAACAGCUACGAGGUUAUCCACGAAGGCAUGGCUAAUCCAUCGCUGGCACUGGCGGACAGACCACACUACUAUUCAACGGAUAUUUUUAGCGAGGAUUAUCGCGAUCUGGCCUACACCAACUAUUGUCCAACGUGGGUCCUACAUCGAGAAUACGCCCUCAAUUGUUUCAAGAAGGUAAGCAGCAAUAAACAACUUGACGUUUCAGCCAACAAGCAGUUCACUGACUACGUGGAACCAUUCUUGCAGCAGGAGGGACCGGCAGAUGGGAUAGCCCUGGGGCAGAUAAUGGCCAUGGGAACCCUCGUCACAUGGUGCUUCGGACCCGAGAAUGAGAAACUUCACCGUGAUCUUGUGCAGGUAGUGAGCGUGGACUGCAGCAUAAACCUCGUUGGCAGGAGAAUGCCUGCAGAUAUUUUCCCGUUUCUCAAAUACCUCCCACUCUCGUCCAAUAGCGAGGUAAUAAACGUUGUGGGAAAGUUCAUGCAGAUCCUCACAACUGAGUUUCUUCAACGCCGUGACAUGUACAAUGAAGAAGACGAGCUGACUGAUUUGUGUGGGGCCUUGAUACGAGCACAGAAGGCUGUUGAGAAAGAGGAGCAGUACGAGUUCCUAACGGAUGUACACGUUGUGCAAGUUAUUGCUUCGUCAUUCAGAGGCUCCAUCGGUUACCUGACCACUACCUACUGGGGGCUUGCCUUACUUGCCGAGUACCCGGACAUCCAGGCUAAAGUUGCCAAGGAGGUUGCCGAGGUCAUCGGGAGCGAACGCCUCCCGUCACUGGACGAUCGAGAUGCCAUGCCGUACACGCAGGCGUUCCUCUCGGAGGUUCUGAGGUUCGGUUCCGUAGCCCCGAUGGGUGUACCUCGUUCGGCGCGUGAAGACACCAAACUGAAGGAUUUCGAUAUUCCUAAGGAUACCGUCAUCUUGUAUAAUAUCUACGGGGUUCAUUUUGACGAGACGAACUACGCAAAACCAGAGGAAUUCAACCCAGACCGGUUCAUCGGUGAAGACGGCUCGUUCAGCCGCCCGGAGAAGUUUAUCCCAUUCGGUAUGGGUGUCCGAAGAUGUCUCGGGGAAUUCCAAGCCGAGUCGUUCCUCUUUCUCACCUUCUGUCGUCUUCUUCAGGAGUAUCGGCUAGCUAAGAUUGACGGCGUGGAGGGAGGAGAGAGCUUACUCGUUCAGGACCCACAACUACAGGGAUCAAGAUGGCCCAUGCCAUUUCAAGUCAACGUGACGAAAAACGAGUAAACGCAGUUUUGAUAAUCACAGUAUGCAGAAGGCUGGUUAUAAUUUCGGUGUCUCAUCAGUUGGACAUAUUAUUCACGCACAGCUUGCAACAAUUUAUUGUUUUGUUAUACCUUGGCAAAGGUUUGUAAGGUGGGGAUCAAACAAUAAUAUGUAGGCCUAUAUUUAUAUUUCUUAAAGGCAGUGGACACUAUUGGUAAUUACUUAAAAUAAUUAUUAG